AAGAAAAAAGAAAGGAAGUAUACGCAGCCUUCGCAGAAAGCAGCAUAACAUUUGGAGCCGUUAUCAGGAGCGCGUCCGUAUGCGAAAACGAAGCCGAUAAGCCACGCCGAGGCGAUAAGCGCCCCUUUCUAUCUGUCGCCUGUCGUUCCCAACAUGGCGGGUUCCACAGCGGCGUCUUCCAACGCACCUAAAGACGACCAAAACGGCACUGUGUACGAACCCUACCGGAACGGCGACAUCUCCUACGUCGGCCGUGAGUGCCAGUCCAUACCGGACCGCCUGGUGCACGCGUACGCCUUCGCGGCGGUGCGUCUGGACCUCAGCUUCAACCGCCUGUGCACCAUCAAGGGCAUCGAGCACUUCAUCCAGCUCACCGAACUCGUGCUCGACAACAACGUUUUAUCCGAUCCAUCCGAGUUCCGCUUCAACUCGCAGCUGAAGACGUUGUCCCUGAACAAGAACUGCUUCGAGAACCUGGACUUCCUCAUCUCCUCGAUCGAGCAGUGCUACCCGACGCUGACGUUCCUCAGCCUGCUCGGCAACCCGGCCUGCCCCGAUCAGAUCACGAAUCCGGACAAGGAUGACGACGAUUAUCAGCGGUACCGCUACUACGUCAUCCACAAGCUGCGCCAACUCCGGUUCCUCGAUUCCAGGGCCAUCACGGCGUCGGAGCGUCGGGAGUCGAGGCGCGUCGGAGCUUUCAUGAAAGUUGCCAGGCCUCGACUGUACGAGGCGCCGACGUGGGCAGAAGAGCCGGAGGACGCGAACAGGUUCACGCCCCUGCCAGCUCUAUCGAGUGGUAGUCAAAAGAAGACUGUGUACGGGGUCCUCAAGUACAAGUACACGGGAAAGCACUCGGAAGGCAACCGUUUCAUUCGGAACGAUCAGCUAUAACCCCCUGUGCAAAAGUUUUAAUGUUGCUCUCUCCAUACGUAUGUGGGACAGUACAGGCUCCUCCCAGAAAGCCUUCCUCCUUCCUACUUUAGCAAAGCGAACGCGUGAGGGGGCGAAGGGAAAGGAGGCAACAAGCAAUCAUGACGAGCAGAGAGCUUUGUGGGAGGAGUUCCUCCUGCUUUCUUAACUUGCCACAGACUAUAGUCCUGGUUACGUCCUUUCGAGAGCAUGUAUAUUGCCUUCACAUAGUCCAUUUUACAAAUGUAUGCUUGUAUAUAUGUUGGACGAGGUCGUGAUUUUUUAUACCCCAAUGAACGUGACUGUAACGACGUAUCAAUAAAUUCAAAAACCAAUUCUU